AUGCGACUUGCAUCUCCCAGUUUUCAAGCUUUCCGUCGAGGUCUCAUCCACGGUUCGCGUAGAGCCUAUGUCCUACCGUCACUCAUCUCGCCCUCGGCACCCGAGUUCGUUGCUAAAGCACAGGCCAUGAGCGCUUUGGUAGCAGACAUUGACGCGAAGAUGGCCGCAGUUAGGCAGGGCGGCGGGGCCAAGGCAGUGGAGCGUAUGAGGAAGAGCGGGAAGAAGUUGCCUCGGGAGAGGCUGGCUGCCCUCCUUGACCCGCAUACUCCGUUUCUUGAGUUCUCCCAGCUCGCUGCCCAUGACGUCUACCCGGACAACGUCCCAUGUGCAGGUAUUAUUACCGGUAUAGGUCGAAUAUCUGGCCGAGAAUGUGUUAUUGUUGUCAACGACGCGACCGUAAAGGGAGGCUCAUAUUAUCCUUUGACCGUCAAGAAGCAUCUGCGAGCGCAAGAGAUUGCUCGAGAGCAUGGCUUGCCUUGUGUCUACGUCGUGGAGUCUGGAGGGGCCGCAUUGCCGCAUCAAGCCAAUGUCUUCCCUGACAAGGAGCAUUUUGGUCGUAUCUUCUAUAACAUGGCACAAAUGUCUGCUCUGAGUAUACCGCAAAUCGCGAUCGUGCAUGGCAUUUCUGUCGCAGGUGGUGCCUACGUCCCGGCAAUGGCAGACGAGAACAUUAUUGUUCGAGAACAAGGCCGCAUCUUCCUUGCCGGCCCGCCGUUGGUGAAGGCGGCGACCGGGGAAGAGGUGGACGAAGAAACACUUGGUGGCGGUCAGAUGCAUUCUUCCGAAAGUGGAGUAACGGACCAUUUAGCCCGAGAUGACGAACAUGCCAUCGCCAUUGCCCGGGGAAUUGUGGGUGAUCUAGGAAAAGCCGGUGGGCAGGAAGUGCCUCCUCCAAGUGUACCGGAGGACCCUCUGUAUCCGGCCUCAGAGUUACAUGGGAUUGUUGGUACUGAUUUGCGGCAGGCAUUUGACAUGCGAGACGUCAUCGCCCGUGUUGUUGAUGGAAGCCGCUUCCGAGAGUUCAAGAAGGAAUAUGGACAGACGAUAGCCACCGGAUUCGCGCACAUCCACGGCUACCCCGUGGGGAUCGUAGCCAACAACGGCAUCUUGUUCUCUCAGUCAGCUCUAAAGGCGACGCACUUCAUUCAAUUGUGCUCUCAGCGUCAGAUACCCUUACUUUUCCUGGUAAAUGUGACCGGAUAUAUGGUAGGUUCGAAAGCGGAACGCGGUGGCAUUGCGAAGGACGGCGCGAAGAUGGUUCGGGCUGUUGCAUGCGCAGACGUCCCAAAGUUGACCGUCAUUGUGGGUGGUAGUUAUGGAGCGGGCAAUUACGGGAUGUGUGGUCGGGCUUAUUCUCCACGUUUCUUAUGGAUGUGGCCGAAUGCCAAGGUCUCAGUUAUGGGGCCUGGCCAGCUAUCUCAGGUCAUGGCUACGGUUUCCAAGGACCCCACAAAACACUCUAAUCUGAAAGACGAGAUUGAGGAGCAGUCGACAGCUCUGUAUGCAUCUGCACGGCUAUGGGAUGACGGAAUCAUCAAGCCCACGGAUACCCGCGACACCGUAGGUCUCGCGUUGUCUCUUGCGAGCCGGAAACGGGGCACCAACGCAGCAGGAGGUGUGCCCACGACUUGGGACGGUGACAGCAAGGGCUUCGGCGUAUUUAGGAUGUGA